AUGAGUGCCAAUGGAGCUAUUUCGAAGAGGAUUAUUGUCCAUUCACCGAAUGUGAAAAUCAAUGAGGACAAUACAAUGGAGUCGCGAUUCGUCUACCGCAAGAACCAUAUCGAAUCGCGCGCUGACGGCCUCCAUAUCACUCCAAAGGAGCAUGAGUACGUGUUCAAGACGCAACUCAAACCGCGUAAGACCGGCCUCUUGCUCGUUGGUCUCGGCGGCAACAACGGCUCGACGGCGGUCGGCUCGAUCUACGCGAAUCGCUAUGCGAUGACCUGGCGGACCAAGGAGGGCGUCAAUCAGGCCAACUACUUCGGCUCUGUGACCCAAUCGGCGACGGUUCAUCUCGGCUAUGACGGUGAGAAGCAAGUCUACGUGCCGUUCAAAGACAUCGUACCAACGGUGUCUCCAAACGAUUUGGUUGUUGGAGGUUGGGAUAUCAACAAUUCCAACUUGUAUCAAGCUAUGAUCCGCGCGAAGGUUUUUGAACCGGAACUACAAGAGAAGCUUCGCCCAUUCAUGGAGUCGAUCGUUCCUCUUCCAUCGAUCUACUACCCGGACUUUAUCGCUGCCAAUCAAGGCGAUCGUGCAAACAAUGUCAUCCCCGGAGAUAAUAAGCAAGCUCACUUGGAGCACAUCCGUGAGGAUAUUCGAAAGUUCAAAGAGAUCAACCAACUUGAGUGCGUCAUUGUCCUCUGGACAGCGAACACCGAAAGAUAUACAGACGUGAAGGAUGGUCUCAACAUGACCGCUGACGAGAUUCUCAACUCGAUUAAGAACAACGAGCUUGAAGUUUCCCCAUCGAACAUUUUCGCGGUUGCGUCGAUCCUCGAAGGAGCACACUAUAUCAACGGAUCGCCACAAAACACCUUGACACCAGGAAUCAUUCAACUCGCUGAAAAGCACAACGUCUUCGUCGGCGGUGACGAUUUCAAGUCGGGACAAACCAAAUUCAAGUCGGCAUUCGUUGAUUUCUUGGUUAGCAGUGGAUUGAAGCCGGAGUCGAUUGUUUCCUACAAUCAUCUCGGAAAUAACGACGGAAAGAAUUUGAGCGAGGCGAGACAAUUCCGUUCGAAGGAAAUCUCAAAAUCAUCAGUUGUUGACGAUAUGGUCAAAUCGAACCAUAUCCUCUUUCCAACUGCCGAGAACCCAGAUCAUUGCGUGGUGAUCAAGUACGUUCCGUAUGUCGCGGAUUCGAAGAGAGCUAUGGAUGAAUACAUCUGCAGCAUUUUCAUGGGCGGAAAACAGACAUUCGUCGUUCACAAUACUUGCGAAGACUCUCUUCUUGCUUCACCUCUAAUCUACGAUCUCGCAAUUCUCACCGAACUCGCUAGUAGAGUGACGUACAGAGUCGGAGACGAGUUCAAGUCGUUCCACUCGGUUCUAUCGAUUUUGUCGCUUCUCCUCAAGGCACCCGUCGUGCCACAAGGCACACCGAUCUGCAACGCUUUCAUGCGUCAGUUCUCGACGGUCUCGAAACUUCUCACAGUGCUCGCCGGAUUCCCAUCGGACUCUGACAUUCAAAUCGAGUUCUUCACCGAGUUACCCAAGCCGCAGCAAUAA